ACUUAUCAAGGCAUUGUAUAAGUUUAGCUCCUGACUUUUGAUCCAAAAUAUAGCGAAACAAAUAAUUUUGUAAAAAUGAUGAAAUUUGUAGCUGUUCUCGUAGUUCUUUUUGGAAUCAGUGCAGGAUAUUCAAUUCCUAGACAUAAUGCUUAUUUGAAUUAUCAACAACCAACGGGCUACAGAACGAUCCAGCGUUCUAUGUAUGGAGUGCAGUUCAGGAACCAACAAUUCCGGAAUCAACGUGUAACUGAUUUUGAUGCUGGCAUGCACCCAUAUGACUGCCAACACACAGAUUUCGACAAUGCUGAGCUGCCUGUCCAAGAUCCCAACGUAGAAUCAGUAGCUGACGCGUAUCCUUCAGAACCGCUCCCGGUAGAGGAAGAGUCACAUCAGGAUGCCCCCGUAGUUUACGAAGACGAAGUUGAAGAGCCAAUCGAGGAUGAGCCAUCAGCUGCUCCAGCUGUGCCAGCAGUAGCUUCAGCUGCGGCCCCAGAAAACAAGAAGAAGACGGUUCCUGCUCGUGCCAGCUCGGGUGAAGAAGAGAAUCAGGAUGCUCCUACCGGACUGGGUUCUAUUGGUUCUGCUUUCUUUCCAAUUAACUUCGGAAGUGCGAGUGGUGGAUCCAUUGCAAUUGCCAACUCGCACAGCACUGGAAAAGGAGGAUCAGCCACCAGUACUGCCACUGCUUAUGGAAGCCCAGUCACUGCUGAACUGAGAAGGACUUCUGCUAGCCAGUUGAGAAAGAGGCCCACUAAGCUACGCAACAGACAGUGAAAUAUUGGUAAUAUUAGUAAUAAUUGUAAAAAUUUGAUUGAUUUCAUAGUUAAUAAGCAUAGUCCAACAUGUAUAUUUAUUACAUAGGAAUUUGAAAUGUAAUAUACCUGAUAUUAUCUUCGAGCAUUACAUGAGUUGUAAUCGAAAUAAAUAAAGCCUGAUAUGUUUAACAUUUAAUUUUA